AUGGAAAAUGGUAUAUAUAUUGAAGAAGCAUUGUUGGAUGUGCUGAAAGAAACCGAUCUGCUCAUUUUCGAACGGAAACUAUGCGUUGAAUUACAGCUGAUGCGUCUCGAGCAUUUUGAUCAUGUCACCGAUGACGAGUUGAAGUCCUACACGGGUUUAUCACAACCGGCCAUAAGGCGACUGAGGUCAGCAAUAGCCGAGAAGAAGAAAAAGCAAAAGAAAGCAAAAGGUCUAUUUUCAACGUUGGGUCGUAAAGAGGAUCGUGAUAACAAAAAUAAAGUGUUCGUUCCAUCCACAACUAUACCUUCAACGAAUCCUGCAGCGCAGACGAGUGAACAAGAUGCAACAUGCCUGAUCACUAAAGAUCAGAUCAAAUUAAUGGAACGACUUGGCGAAGGUUCGUUUGCGAUCGUGAAACGAGCCAUUUGGACACGGAGUGAUGGCACGAAAGUGGACGUUGCGGUUAAAAUCCUACGAGACGCAACCGCGGAGGUGAUUGAAGAUUUACAGACCGAAGUGAAUAACAUGCAAAAACUGCAACAUCCUUAUUUGAUNUUUUUCACAUCAGGUUGUUGGCAAUGUUAUGUAUUGUGUAAAGUUUAA